AUGGACAUCCUACCUCCCGGAUCGCGCCUAGCGGUCGUUCGUUCCCAACUUGCUCCCAGCUCAGGCUCCGAGGGCUCCAGUACACCCCCACUCAACGACAAGGAACCUUUCCCAGACUACAACGAAGCCGAUUGCGACAACCUUGCCUCAGAGGUAGCAGCCGAGAAACAUAACGAUGAAGCCUGGAACCUCGCCCUCGGUAGGGCUGUCCGAGAUGAGAUCCGAGAGAUCCAAGUCGAUCCCAACAUUAUUCCCUACGAUGAUAAACUUACGACCGAGCGUAGCCAGUCCGCUCUCACUCGGAUGAAAGAGAUCCUCUCCCAGCCGCAGAUGCGCAUGAAGACCCGCGACCAGUUCCUCACCCUCUCCAACAUGACUUUGGAAGUCAAUUUGAUCAUCUUUCAUCAUAGCUCGGAGUUCCUGGCUCCCAAUGAGAUUUCCAAAGCAAAAGCCCUGACAGAGACAAUUUUGACACACUUUGCAUGGAUGGACACUAUGUUGGCCGACCUAUGCCAAACCGUCAAUUACACUGUGUCGGUACUGGGCCAAAUUGAGAAUGAAGAUCUCGAUGUCUAUACGAAACUCUGUCAGAUGGCCCGCAUCGUUGCCAAGAAUCUGCGGAAGCCCCGAUCUCUCGAACGCAAGCUGCUCGGGCAAUUCCUGACCCUUUAUGAAGAAUGGGUUCAUACGCCUUUUCUUCGUCUCCGCAAUCGCCAAAUCCUCAACGAGCAGACGUCAUGUCCAGCCCGAGCCGAGCUCUCGCGUCAGAUCAUUGCUAUUUGGGAUGUCGUCUCGCGAUGCAUUGAAAGCUACGAAACCUACAUAUGGGCGACAAUGAACAUUCGUGAGGAAUUUUUCGUGCCAACAAUGGAAGCUCUCAAUGGCGCUCCAGAACUUUGGGAUAAGUACUGGAGGAACAACAUGGGGAAGAAUACUGGUCCGUCUGAGGCCGAUCCUCGUGGAUGCGACGCCUCUCAGUGCGAAUGA